GUCAUAAACCAUGCCCUGCUGGGCAACCGGAGGGCCAUCGCCCAGCUGUUUGUCAAUCUGAUGGAGGCCACGCUACAGCAGGAGCUCGAGAGCCACUGCCGCUGGCAGGGCCUGGUUGAUGCCUGGAAGGCCCUCAAGAAGGAGGCCCUAGUGCAGAAUUUCAGUGAGUUCAUGGCCAGUGAGAGGAUCCAGGCUCCUCCAGCCGUGAAGAACGAGCUGGAGAGCAUGCUGAAGAACCAGGAGGCCCUGCAGCACAAGCGGCUGGAGCAUCUCUGCGCCAUCUGUGACCUUCUGCCUCCCGGCUACAGCAGAGCUCAGCUGGCCGAAUGGCGUUCCUCUCUCAACUCCCUGAACAAGCACCUCGACGCCUACCACGUGGACUGUAUGAUGCGUGUCCGCCUGCAGUAUGAGAAGACGUGGCAGGAGUGUCUGGCCCACAUGCAGAAGUGCAAGAAGCAGCUACUGGACUGGAAAGCCUUCACGGAGGAGGAGGCAGAGAGCCUGGUGAGCCCGUCCUUCUUGCAGAUGGUGGGAGCGCUCCAGAGCAAGGUGGAGGAGGAGCUGGAAGGCCUGGAUAAAUGCUUCGAGGCCCUGGCUAAGCAGACAGAGCAGCAGAGCGCAGACCUCUUCAGCUACUUCCAGGAGGCCAUGCAGCUGUGGGAGGCACAUCAGAGCAUGCUGUCGGUGCAGGAGCUGGAGCUCGAGAAGAGGAUGGAGCAGCAGCGGCAGAAGCACAGCCUGGAGAACCAGGCCCAGGAGGCCCACCUUGACAAGCUCUUGGACCAACUGAGGCAGCAAAGCCAUGAGGAAACCCUGAAGCUUCACCUGGAAAAGGCCAAAGAUUUUCUGGAGAAUAUGAAAUGCAGGUAUGAAUGUUUUCACGCCCUCCUGACAAAGGAAGUGAUGGAGUACGGGGUGAUCAUACUGAAAGAGCUCAACUCCUACAGCUCCACCCUCAGCCAACAUUUCUAUGUUCGUGAAAUCUUUGAGCAGAACUUGGAUGGGGAAGUCAUCUUCAAGGUCAGGGAACCAGAAGCACAUGAGAAGCGCUUCCAGGAGAGAAGGAGAAAACAAAGGGCUAAUGUAGAAAUGAGCAAAAGCGGGAAAAGCGCCAGUGGAGGGACAAGUUCCCCCAGGCCAGCAGAAGAGAUGGAAGACGAAGAAGAUCAAGAAGUUGAGUCCUCCACAGCUGAAGAGGUGGCAGCGAGCCAGCAGGAAGAGUCUGUCCUGAGCGCCGAGAUGCAUGAGUCUAGAGAGGACUCUCCUCUGGGACUGGAAGAAAUGCAGCUUGAAAGAGACAGCUACUUAAAGCCCUCCCUGAACCUGGAAAAUGGGAUGGUUCAAGAAGAGGAGGAGGAGGAGGAGGACAGGGUGGAGGAGGAGAGGGCGAGGGAGGAGGAAGAGGAAGAGUCAGAGGAAAAGGAAGAACGCGAGAGUUUAUCUGUGGAUGAG